AUGUCAGACAAGUUACAGAGAACCAUCCAGCGCUUCCAGGCCAAGAUUGACAGCGGUUCAUUCUACGAGGCCCACCAAACGUUGAGAACCAUCACCAACCGUUAUGUCAAGAGCAAGCAGUACUCGGAGGCAGUGGAAAUCUUGUACCAGGGAUCGGUGAUCUUGGGCAAGAACAAGGAGUCAAGCUCAGCCAGCGACUUGAUUCAGUACAUGAUCGAGGUGACGAAGGAAGGCGAUCUUUUUGACAAGGUCAAAUUGAUCGACUCCAUGAGCUAUUUACCUGAUAAUGAGCCUGCCUUGGUCGACUUGGCCAAGCAGAUCAGCCAGGCGUCAUCCAGCAAGUACGGCGACGCCGACAUGCACCACUUCUUCGGCAACAAGUUGUUGAACGCCGUGAAGCAAGGUGAAACCAAGGUGUUCCCAUUGGCCGAGGUGCACCUUGUUUUGGGAACCUACGAAUCGGUGCCAUUGUACACCGACUUUUUGUACGAAUGGUGGGCUGCCAACGGAGGUGAUCCAGGUGUGUUCUUGGCCAGAGGAGUCAUCAAUUAUGCAUACUUAAAGAACGUGAAAUUUGCUAGAGAGGUGGGGGACAGAUUCAUAAAUAGAUUGAUCAAGGAUGGCAAAAUAAAUCAGGACCAAAAGGUGACGGAAGGUGACGUCUCGGUGUACGUUGGAGACUACCCCCUCUUCACCUUCUUACAGCUACUUUUGUUAACCCUUACGAAAGACGCCUCCAAAUUCACAAAACUAUUCGACCAGUACAAACAAGCAUUGCAGCGCAACAACCUCGUGGGGCCCAUCGAACAUCUUGGAAAACUUUACUUCAACCUUAAGGGCCCUGCCCAGGCUCCAAACAUGUUGUCAUUUAUGGGAGAUCUUUUUAAGUAG